AUGCUGACCAACUCAGGCCCAGCGGUGGUAAAGCUCUAUCUGUCAAUAAUUGAUGAUGUGAUCGAGAGCAUGAGGGAGCUGUUCUUGGAUGAGGGCCUUGAAGACUGCAUCCUGGAUGAUUUACGACAUCUUUGGGAGACAAAGAUGAUGGAGUCAAAGGCCAUGGACGACUUCAGGAAGAACAACAUAAACUCUCCAAACUUUGUGCUGCAGCUUCCACCCAACUACAGCCGUAACGAUGCAGAAGCCCCAGUAAUGAUCCCCCCAAGUCAGAAUAUUCACAAUUUUCAUGUCCAGAACAACUGUGAGGCUCUUACCACCUUCUCGCUUCCUACGGGUCUAUCUUACCCAGUGCAGAUACCUGCUGGAGUCACUCUACAAACAGCUUCUGGUCAACUUUACAAGGUCAACGUUCCUGUUGUAGUCACUCAGGCCCCAGCAGGUCAGCAAACUUCCCAACAGCCGCAGAAGGUCACUGAGCAAAAAGAGGCUCCUGAUGCGCCACAGACUUCAGUACAACCCGGCAAAACACUUCCACAUGGACCGAUGCCACUGCCUGUGCCAACCUCGGGCAUCCCGCCGCCGCCACCACCGCGAGAUUCUCUUUUACCGCCCAGUCAAGAGAGCAGCGUCCUCCAGCAAGACGCGAUGCCAGAGUACCCACAAAUUGAGAUCGGCAGCGAGGAGGUUUUCACAGACACAACUCAGUUUAAGAGCAGCGACAUUGACGACAUCCUCAAAGUGGUCAUUGAAGAGGAGCGAGAAAAAGCGGCAAGGGCGAGAAACUUGGCUCUCACCAAUUCUUAUGACCAGCCUGAAUCCAUUUUGGGGAGGAUUUUUGGGCCAAUUAACACUGACAUUGGCACCUUUUGUGUUGUUGUAAAUCUUCUAUCUCUAUUCCAUCAAAAUUUUGUUUUCUUUUUGUUCAUCAUCACCGUCAUCCACAAGCUGGACCUGGAGUACAACUACAAUGAACUGUCAGACAUCGUCCAACUGGACGGUACGGCAGACAAUUCAGACCCAGACGAGGAAGACGUGCCGCUGGAGGAGAAUGAAUUCCUGGGUAUGAUCAAUGCAGAGGCCCUCAAGGCUCUGCAAGCAGGCGUGAGCAGUGAUGGCAACAGCACCUCCUCCAGUAGUGACAGUGAAGCAGCUGAGGAACAAAUAGAAGAUGAGGAUCCAUUGAAUUCAGGUGACGAUGUGUUUGAACAAGACAUCCCAGAUCUCUUUGACUCGGAGAACGUUAUUGUUUGCCAAUAUGACAAAAUUCACCGCAGUAAGAACCGCUGGAAGUUUCAUUUGAAAGAUGGGGUCAUGUGUUAUGGUGGCAGGGAUUAUGUGUUCUCUAAAGCUGUUGGGGAAGCAGAAUGGUAAUGCGCUGCUACUUGCCCAUCCAUUUUUUUUUUUUUCAAAUUGCUUUUCCUCAUUCGGGUUGGGGCAAGUCAGGGCAACUCAUCCCAGCUGACAAGAUAUGGCGCUGAACUAGUCUCCAGUCAAUCACUGGGACUGCUACUGAUGACGCAGGAAAAAAACAUUAAUACAUAGGACAUGAUGCGAAUAUAGAUAGUUAUAAUUUAUAGUCAUCAGUGAUAAAAGAAAAAUUGACACGACUUUAAUUUGGUUGUAAAUGAAAUUUGAUUUCACAAUGUUUAUGUUCUGUAUUUUGUCUAAAGA